AUGUUCAAACAGCAUUUUAUGAUUUUAAACAAUCAAAUAAGACAGUGUGAAUGGUAUAAUAUGGUUGUAAUUUCGUAUCCAUCACCACGAGUAUCGCAACUUGAUGCACACAUCUUGGAUCUGGAACUUAUAUCCCUUCUUAAGCUGCAACUUACCCAUAUAUUCCAACUUCAUUCAACGUCAUGGUGGACAUACAAUCUGCAUCCUGAGCUCUGGUCGCUUUUGCUCAACCUUUUAGUAUUUCGAUUAACCGUAUGGAAGUCAGGAACGUCGUAUGGGUUAUCCCUUCAAAAUUUGAGGUUGUCCAACUUUAAAGAUGGGAAAUUAAUUGGAUACUCAAAACGGUCACUUCUCUUGGCUUUGAUUGUUGGAGAUUAUCUAUUCAACAAGUUACAGUCUUACUUGUAUUCCACUGAGGACAAUGCUACUCAGACUACCAGAUCUGGCGGGGUCUUGCAAUCCAUCAAGAGAUAUAUCCUCACUCAUCGGUCAACGAUUCUUUCCAAAGUCAAUGAAACAUUGAAAUUGGCAAAUUUGAUCAACUUUAUUCUCUUUUUAGUCAAUGGGAAGUAUCCCUCCAUGACCCAUAGAUUACUUGGGAUUUCUAUGACCCCCAUUGUUACAGACUUGCUCAAAUUCAAUGGGAAUAACGUGAAUUUUGAAUUUCAAAAUCGUCAAUUGGUAUGGAAUGUCAUGACUGAAUUCUUGGUAUUUAUUUUGCCGCUUUUAAAACUCAGAACGUUAAGAAGAAGGGUUGAAAAGAUUCUUAAGCCUAAAGUUGAGUCUUCUAAGGAGUUGGAGAACAAUAAAAUAACCCCAUAUACAAAUUUACCGAUAUCCCAAUGUGCUGUUUGCACUUUCAACAGUGGGAGUUUGGGCCAAACAGCAAGCGUUUCUACAGCUUCACAUCCUGUAACGAACCCAUACAUCACCAAUUGUGGACACAUAUAUUGUUAUGUGUGUAUUGCGACGAAAUUCAAUGGCAUGGAAAACUCAGAUAAUGAUUCAGAUGUUUGUUUACGAUGUAAUGAAAAAUUGACUUGGUUCAAAGAAUAUAACGAUGUUGAUGAAGAUGCUAUAAUGGUGGAGUAUGAAGAAGUGGAAGAAGAAAGUAGUUACGAAGAUAGUGAUGAGGAGGUGGAAGAAAAUAGUAAUUAUGACCUGUCGAGUGAAGAGGAGGAAGAAGAGGGUGAAGAAGAAGACGUCCCGCACUCUGCAAAUAUUUCCCAAUCUCUGCAUACCGAUUCAGACGUUUCUGAUUACAGUGAAGGGGAAGAUUUCGAUGAAGAUGAGGCAUUUGAAUUGUAA